UAGAAUCCAGCCGAAUUCGGAGCUGGGGCACUUUGCCCUGAGGCUGCAAAUGAAGCAGAUGUGUUUGUGAAUUUCUGUAGUGUCUGGACAUUUUUGUACCAAAGGUGAUAACGCGUACCUUCCUCUGAAUUUUUCUUUUAUUUUGCACAUACUUUCCAUAAAGGGAAUGAAAUGGAGAAGUUAAGGAAAUAUGUAUCGGUAAAAGAUGAAGAUCAGCUUUAUCAUCAGGGAGCUGUGGAGUUGCUGGUCUUUAAUUUUCUGCUCAUUCUUACGAUAUUAACAAUUUGGUUAUUUAAAAACCGUCGAUUCCGCUUUCUGCAUGAAACUGGAGGAGCCAUGGUUUACGGCCUUGUAAUGGGGUUGAUUAUACGAUAUGCAACAAAACCAUCAGAUGUUGAAAGUGGAACUGUUUAUGAAUGUGAAAAGCUGAAAUUUGGGCCAUCUACUCUACUCAUUAAUAUAACUAACCAAGUGUAUGAAUAUCAGUACAAAAGAGAGAUCAGCCAUCACAAUGUCAAUGGCCACCAAGGCAACGCAAUGCUUCAAAAGAUGACAUUUGAUCCUUCCAUCUUCUUCAACAUUUUGCUGCCACCCAUUAUAUUUCAUGCUGGAUAUAGUUUAAAAAAGAGACAUUUUUUUCGUAACCUAGGAUCAAUUUUAACAUACGCUUUCUUGGGAACUGCUAUCUCUUGCAUUGUGAUAGGGUUGGUCAUGUAUGGCUUCGUGAAGGCCAUGGUACACACCGGCCAGUUGAAAGGAUGGGAAUUCCACUUUACUGACUGCUUAUUUUUUGGAUCACUGAUGUCUGCCACUGACCCAGUGACAGUCCUUGCUAUUUUCCAUGAGCUGCAUGUCGACACAGAUUUGUACACACUCCUGUUUGGAGAAAGUGUCCUAAAUGAUGCUGUGGCUAUCGUGCUGACAUACUCUAUAUCCAUUUACAGUCCCAAGGAAAAUCCUAAUGCAUUUGAUGCCGCUGCUUUCUUCCAAUCAGUGGGAAAUUUUCUGGGGAUCUUUGCUGGAUCAUUUGCCAUGGGCUCCUCUUACGCUGUUGUCACAGCUUUAUUGACAAAAUUUACAAAGCUGUGCGAGUUCCCCAUGUUGGAGACAGGUCUGUUUUUCCUCCUCUCUUGGAGUGCCUUCUUAUCAGCAGAAGCUGCCGGUCUUACAGGUAUCGUUGCAGUCCUUUUCUGUGGAGUCACACAGGCCCAUUACACCUACAACAACCUGUCACCAGAUUCCAAAACAAGAACUAAACAGUUGUUCGAGUUCAUGAAUUUCCUGGCUGAGAAUGUCAUCUUCUGCUACAUGGGACUCGCACUAUUCACAUUCCAAAAUCAUAUCUUCAACGCUUUGUUUAUAUUUGGUGCAUUUGUGGCAGUUUUCGUAGCAAGAGCAUGCAACAUAUAUCCACUUUCUUUCCUUUUGAACUUGGGUCGAAAACAAAAGAUUCCCAGGAACUUUCAACACAUGAUGAUGUUUUCAGGUUUACGUGGUGCAAUAGCAUUUGCACUGGCUAUUCAAGACACAGAAUCCCAACAAAAACAAAUGAUGUUUACAACAGCACUACUUGUUGUAUUUUUCACAGUCUGGGUGUUUGGUGGGGGCACAACACCAAUGCUCACAUGGCUUCAGAUCAGAGUUGGUGUAGAUCCAGAUGAAGAUCUGAAAGCAGAAGCUGCAAACCAGAGAGCAUCCAACUUGGAUAAAAAUACAACCAAAGCUGAGAGUGCAUGGCUGUUCAGAAUAUGGUACGGAUUUGACCACAAAUACCUAAAGCCCAUUUUAACCCACGCUGGUCCACCUCUUACGACGACGCUGCCUGAAUGGUGCAAUCCUGUCGCCAGGCUUCUGACGAGCCCCAGUGCAUAUGGCGAUCAACUGAAGGAUGACGACACAGAUUGUAUCGUGAACAACGACGAGCUGACUGCAAGCUAUGAAGCCGCCACUCACACGUCCGUGCCGGCACAGGACGCAGGCUCCACCAGGGCUCCAGGGAAGGAGGACAUUCAUGAAGGAGACCUCGGAUUAGGCGGGUACAAACUCCAGCUUGAACACACUCCAGGUCAAUCCCAGCUGAAUUCAUUAGCAUGAACAGUGUGAUUGUAAUUGCAAGAACAAGUAAAGAAAAGAUAUAAAAGGCCCUCUAUCAUGCGAACGACAGGCUACAAAAAUGUACUAAGCACAUAAAUUGAAGAAAAUCAAGCUUACCAACUCAAUCCUCAUUCCUCUACAGAAUAAGUUUACCAUCAUCCAUAUACAUGCAACAUUCAGGUUUUUGACUGUGACAAUUUUUAUGAAAAGAGUGUAGGGCAGUGCCCUGCCCACUACAAAUGUUACAGCUGUGUGGCCUCAGAAAGCACUUGACUGUCUCACACCCCUCAGUCACGCAUGCAAAAAGGCCUUUGAGUGCUGUUAAUCUUAAAUCAACUGGAAUGGAAAGAAAUAUCUGGCUAACAUACUCAUGCCCACAUGAUCACGCAACUUUUCACAUAGCUGCUCCCGAGAAGAUUCACAGAUCAAGUGGAGGAGUUUAUAUAAAUGAGAGCAAGUAUUUAGCAGCUCUUGUUUUCAGACCAUUAAGGUGAAUCAAAAAAAAAAUAGCCCCCCCCACCCCCCCCAAAAAAAAAAGUACAUAGGUAUCA